AUGUGGAACAAGGUGGCCCAAAUCGCUUUGGAGCAGAGUAACUUCUUCACUGCUCAGCGAUGUUUCGCAGCACUCAACGACUAUCCCCGAGCUAGAGCUGCUUUUAGAAUCGCGGAAAUGGCCGAAGCCAAAGCGAAAGAAUUAGGUGGCGAUGGUACUCAACAUUGGAAAGUCCGUGCCAAUGCUGCACAACUGAUGCGAAAGUUCAAAGAGGCGGAGAAGAUCUUCCUGGAAAAUAACGCCAUCGAGGAAGCAAUCGAGAUGUAUCAGUUGCUACAACGAUGGGAUGAAGCACUGGACAUAGCUAAGGCUGUGGCAGAAGAAGCCACUAUAAUUGUUCAGAACUACCCUGGAUUCGAUCAACUCAAGGCUAACUACUACAGGACUCUAUUUGACACGGGACAAGACGCCAAAGCAGCUGAACUGAAAAUCGCUGAUGGUGAUGUGUCUGGUGCCAUCAGCCUUUAUAUGAAGGCGAAGAAACCUGUACAAGCAUUGGAAACAGCCUUAACGGAUUCAGCACUCGCCAACGAUCACCAGCUCAUGACAUCCAUUGCUUCACAACUUAUGCAGUCUCAGAUAUAUGACAAGGCUGGAGAACUCUAUGAGCAUAUGAAAGACUUCGAGAAAGCGCUGGAAUGCUAUACAAACGGCAAGGCAUUCAACAAAGCUGUUCAGCUGGCUCGAUUCGCUGCACCGGAAAAAGUGGUAUCUUUGGAAGAGCAAUGGGGUGACCAUCUAGUAUCCGAAGGACAACACGACGCUUCCAUCAACCACUUCUUAGAGGCGAACAGUCUUGUGAAAGCGGCAGAAGCAGCUAUACAAGCGAAGGAAUGGGGAAAGGCCGUGCAGAUUGUGGAUGUUAUUCAGGAUUCACAGACAUCCAGCGAUUUCUAUGGGAGAAUUGCAGCACAUUACGCGACCACUGAGGAGCUGGACCGAGCAGAACGCCUCUAUGUCGAAGCGAGUCUUCACAAAGAAGCCAUUGCUAUGUAUAUCAAGAACAAUAGAUGGGCAGAUGCCUAUAGGUUAUCCGAAGAAUUCCUUGGCAAAGAAGAAACCUUCGCUCUCUAUGAGGCAAAGGCAGAAGAGCUCGAGCAACAAGGCAGAUAUGCUGAUGCUGAACAGUUAUACAUUUCUAUUGGUAUGUCGAACAGAGCAGUUCUUAUGUAUAAAAACGCUGAACGGAACGACGAUGUUAUUCGCCUCGUUGAAAAGUAUCACGGGGAACAUCUGCAGGAUACUCAUAAGAGACUUGGCAUGGAGCAUGAAGAACGCGGAGAUUUGCGCUCCGCCGAAGAAGAAUACUUAAAAGCCGGUGAUAUUAAGGCAGCAAUCAAUAUGUACAGAGAAAAGGAAAUGUGGACAGACGCGUAUCGCCUUGCUCGUAGUGAAGGUGGUGAACAAGAACAGAAACAGGUAGCACUACUUUGGGCCAAGAGCUUAGGUGGAGAAGCUGGAGUAAAGUUGCUCAACAAAUUUGGCAUGCUCAACGAAGCUAUAGAUCAUUUCAGUGAGAUCGGGACCUUUGACUUCGCCUUCGAAUUGGCUCGCCUUGGCGCCAAGGAGCGAUUACCAGGGGUUCACAUGCGCAUGGCAGUUCAAAUGGAAGAGGAAGGACGUCUUGAUCAAGCUGCUCAGCAUUUCAUCGCUGCUGGGAAACCAGCCGAAGCAGUCGCUAUGUACGUACAUGAUCGAGACUGGAGGAACGCAGAACAAGUGGCCAAAGAGCAUUCUCCGGAAUCGCUGCCAGAUGUUUUCAUAGCCGAAGCACGCAAGGCACUCGAGGAAGAGGACAACGCACGAGCGGAAAGCUGCCUACUGAGAGCAAACCGGCCCGAUAUCAUACUCAAAUUCUACCAGGAAAAUGGAAUGUGGCCUGAUGCUCUGCGUAUCGCCAAGGAGUACUUACCACAUCAGUUAUUACAAUUGCAGGAAGAGUUCGAGCAAGUGGAGCUCCUGGGAGGCAGUCGCGGCAUCAGCUCAUUACUGGCACAAGGUCGGGCCUUUGAAGAGCAACGUGAAUGGGCUAAAGCUGUUCAGGCUUAUCUAAAGAUUAAUCGCUCGACUACGGACGACGAAUCGCUGAUCAACGACGCGCUGAUGAAAAGCGCUGAUUUGACGCUGAGAUUUUUAGCGAAUACGGAUGAAGAGAUGGUACUGAAAGUCGUUGAAGCGCUUGAAGCGCAUAAAAGCUAUGAGAAGAUGGCCGGGCUGUUACUGGCCAUCGGACAGAAUAGACAAGCUGUUAUCGCGUUGGCAAGGUCACAGCAGUGGUCAAAAGCUAAACAAGUAGCUAGCGAGUUCGUUCCGGAAAUGGUACCAGAAGUUGAAGCUCAGUACAAGGAAUGGCUGACACAAGAAGGUCGAGUUGGUGAGCUGAUCGACGUUGACGUCAUUUCUGCCAUCGAUCUUCUGAUAGCCAAAGGACAAUGGGAUAAAGCCCUAGACGCGGCUAGACAACAAAAGCACAAACCUCUUCUUGACAAGUACGUAGCUCAAUACGCAGCCGAAUUGCUCACACAAAACCACAUCGACCUCAUGCUCAAAGUCUUUGAAAAAUAUGGCGCUUCAUCAAAUCCGUCGAAUUUCAAUCUUUAUAAAGCGAUACUCGACAAGAUUGUAGCGCAGUCAUUCAGCAUCCCGGCAGAAGAAUAUGCUCAGCUCAGCCCCGUGCGGAAUCUUUUCCUCUCAGUGUACGAGAUGCUUGCCAGAGAGAACUCCGAAAGUCGCUAUAUUUUCGAACGAUACGUUCAUGCUCUUCACCUGAUGACUAUUCGCUGUGCUAUGGAGGAUAUCCAAACCACGGACUCGCAAACGCUUCGCUUACAGCAGUCUAUUUCGCUUUUGCGCUAUUCAGAUCUCAUUCCAGCAGAUCGCGUUUUCUACCAAGCAGGAAUCGCUGCGAAGGAUGCCGGUGGAGAUUAUGCCCCUCUAGCAUUCCUACUACUUAACCACUACCUGGAUCUGGUAGAUGCGAUUGAUGAGGGUAAGUUUGAUCGAAUCUCCUGCCCUCGCAGCAACUUGCUCAAGACUUAUUUCACAGGAGACGCUUCACUGGUCGACUACUCUGCUUUCGAAGGCACUGACAUCCCUGCAGAAGUACCAUUACCUGAAUCACCUUGGGUUGAGAGUUCAAUGCACGAAGAAAUCAAAGAGUGGGUGUUAGCUACCUCAGUGGACGACGGGGCUUCUCGGGACCUCAAACUGGACUCACGUGGCCUCUUUGAAGCCACAAUUGAAGCUAAUGGUCAGAAAUGGCCUGAAUGUAUCAUUACAGGUUAUCCAAUAACGAGGACCCGCGUCGACUUCGGUGACCUCAGCGCUGACAAGGACAAUCUCAAUCGAUUUCUGAUUGCUAUCAAGACGAAUCCCACCGACCAACUCAUCAACGUGCAGGAAUUCAUGUCAAAAUGGGCCAAUCAACCGUUAAACAUGUCACUUUGA